CUUUGGUGGUGGCAAUCUUCACAUGUUUAAUAAUUUCAAUCAACGUGGUGAUGAAUAUAAUGAAUGUUAUUGUUGGAAUGGUCAUUAUGAAAAAGCGAUUAGAAUGUUAAAUGGCCCUUUGUUUUCUGUAAGUGAAUAUGAGAUAUUAGAAAUUCAUAAUAAAAUUAAUUUCUAA